UCUAUCAAUAUAUAUAAACACUGAUUAUGUUACGCAAAAUCACAGCACCCAAACAAUCAAGCCAAUGGCUUGCAUAGAAGUAGCAUCAAAUCCUAAGCCUCAUGCAGUUUUCGUCCCCUACCCAGCCCAAGGCCACAUUAAACCAAUGCUUCAAUUAGCAAAACUUUUCCACCAUAAAGGUUUUCACAUAACCUUCGUUAAUACCGAAUUCAACCACUAUCGUUUUCUCAAAUCGCUUGGUCCAGACUCUCUUAACGGCUUCCCUGACUUCAACUUCGAAACCAUUCCCGAUGGCCUCCCACCUUCUGAUUUCGAAGUAACUCAGGAUAUCCCUUCUCUUUGUGAUUCCAUUCGAAAAAACUUAAGCUUGCCUCCAUUUCUUGACCUCCUUGCAAAGCUUAACGGCAGUGCUUCUUCUUCUUCUUCUUCUUCUUCUUCAAAUAACAAUAAUAAUAAUAAUAAUCCUCCCGUGACUUGCAUUGUUUCGGAUCGUCUCAUGCUGUUCACUAUCGGUGCGGGUGAAGAAUUUGGGAUUCCUGUUGUAAUGUUUAUUACAAUAGCUGCAAGUGUUUUCAUGACGUACAGUCAGCUACCGGCUCUGGUAAAAAAAGGACUAGCCCCACUAAAAGAUGAGGCUUGUUUAAUAAAUGGGUUUUUGGACAAGGUUAUUGAUUGGAUUCCCGGAAUCAAAGACAUCCGUUUAAGGGAUAUCUCGACGUCUCUCCUGACUACAAAUCCAGAGGACAUCAUGUUCAACUUCAUGUUGGAAGCAUGUCAUACACUUCCUAAAGCUUCAGCAUUUGUCAUACAUAGUUUCUAUGAGCUCGAACCUGAAGUCUUGGAUGCUCUCUCUUCGUCUACAGAAACUCCAAACAUUUAUGCCGUUGGGCCCCUACAACUUCUUCUCAAUCACAUAUCACAAGACUCUUCCUCUUCCUCUUCCAACCAAAUUGGAUACAGUCUAUGGAAAGAAGAAACUGAGUGCCUCAAGUGGCUCGAUUCCAAGCCACCAAACUCGGUUCUCUAUGUGAACUUCGGCAGCAUAACGGUCUUGACACCACAACAACUCGUCGAGUUCGGCUUAGGACUGGCAAAUAGCAAGCAAACAUUCUUGUGGGUAAUUAGGCCUGACUUGGUUAUAGGUGGUGAAGCUGUUUUACCACGUGAAUUUGAAGACCAAAUUAAAGAGAAGGGUUUUAUAGCAAGUUGGUGUCCACAAGAACAAGUCCUCAAUCACCCAUCGAUUGGAGGGUUUUUGACACAUUGUGGCUGGAAUUCAACCAUUGAGAGUUUAUCCGCUGGAGUGCCUAUGUUGUGUUGGCCAUUCUUUGCGGACCAGCCAACGAAUUGCAGAUUUAUUUGCAAGGAAUGGGGAGUGGGAAUGGAGAUUGACAAUGAUGUUAAAAGAGAUGGAGUAGAGAAGCUUGUAAGAGAGUUAAUGGAGGGAGAAAGAGGUAAGGAAAUGAAAAGCAAAGCCUUGGAAUGGAAGAAAUUGGCCCAAGAGGCAUGUGGUCAAAAUGGUUCUUCAGCAGUAAACUUGGACAAUUUGGUCAAGCAUGUUUGUUCUUAAUUGUUAUUGUAUCUUUGUUUUUGCUUGUUGUUUUCAAUUCAAUAGCAUGCAACUGGGUUCCUAGUUCAUUUAUUUCAUUUAAUCUAAAGUAUAUG